AUGAGUGAAGAGCAUGUAGAAUAAAGACCUGAGACAUCGAAAUGUUCUCGACUGGAUAAAAGGAGAAUGAUAAGUCAGAAUUCGUAAAGAAAUCGUACUGCAAUAUAAAGCAGAACUGCUUAAAAUUUUAACCCGAAUAGUUAUAAUGGGAUGACAUUGGAAGAAUAUUUUAGAAAUAAAGUUUAAGAAAAUGUUAAUGCAUAAGUAGAUAAAAAAAAAAAAUUUUUGGUAACAAGCAAUGAAUUCUUUAAAGAAUUCUAAAACUAAGAUGUUAUGAGAAGAACAUAUAUGGGAGAUAGCAAGUAUAUGAAUAUGAAGUAGGACAUGAAAAAGAAAACCUAGGAUUAUGAUAAAGAUUUGUUUUAAAAAUAUGCUAAUAAAUUUGAUUUGGGAAAUGGUUUCGGAAAGUGA